AUGUCUAGCUCCUCGGGCUAUGUGACUGUGCCACUGAUCAGCACCAAUGAUUAGCACGUGAGCACGGUGUGCUGUGAAAACAAUAUUAUUAUUAUUGCAAUAAUACUGUGCUCAUCAAUAAUCAAGUUGUUGUUGUAAUGACAGCAAUGUUCAACGAAGGCAAAAGCAGUUCGGAGGAAGAGAGUGGAUCUGAUGAUGCCCCGGAUAGCGUGUCAUUCAACGUGAGCAAGGAUAGUGCACUGAACAAGGUGAAAUUGGCACUGCAGAGCGUUCAGCAACAGAAGCAGCAGCAGAGGAAGAAACGAAGACAGAGAGAUGAGAUUCUAAAAGAGCAAAAGAAAGAAAAACUGAAGCGUCUUGAGGCUAAAAAGUUACCGGCGGAGUUUCUAGAGAAGGUAUCUGCACUCAAACCGAGCGAGAAACCAGAAGGAAAACAGUCGAAAAAACGCAAGCAAGCAACAGAACAGGAUGAGUUGGGAUCAGUUGACGAGAAAAAUCUUGAUGAUAUGGAGGAAGAGGAUAACGAGGAGGAAAUAGAGACAGAGAGCGAUUACCUCCCUCUCAGCAAGAAUGAUACUGAGUCUCCCUUCCGAAUACGCGUGUUACGCGAGGAGCUGGUCAAAGUCAAGCCCUCUGCGCAGGUCGCGGCAGACUACCGUCACUCGAUGCUGUAUGGCAAGAGGCAGAGGAGAGUGCCAUAUGCUCAGAUGGAAGCGGUUCGGGACAAGCGCAGUGCAGCAGGGAUUGGCCGACAUCAACGAGUGACAUCAUAGUAGAAUAGGUGAUUGUUCUUGCCAGAAGAUGGCGCUACCAUAUGCAUGAGGAACAGUGCGUGAGGCUGAACGCUAUAGGAACGAAGCAGUGAUUAGGUGCAAGACAGUUUACGAAUGCAAACAUUUGCAACAGAUCGUGGCCACACGAUGGUGUGAUGAUGCGUGUCUAAUUGAACAAUGUCGAGAUGUGCGGAGAAUGAAUUUCCAGAUAGAUUCAAAGGAACGCAUUUUACUAGCAAUUUCGCAUGGAAUGGAACACAUCUGACUAGAAAUCCACCCCGAGAAAACAAUCUGAACCGAACUGUAGGUAUCAUUCGUUUAUAGCUCAAACUCUCCAUAUCUAAUACCAUCAGCAGACACUCACCAUGCUAUGUUUGGAAUCAUACAGUCAACACACAAACAAUCAUACGUGUGUGCAUACAGUCAACUUAAUACUAUCUCUGUGGUAUUGAUGGCCUGUUGCUGGCGAUGUAUUAUUUUUGAAUAAAAACGAACUGCGAUUUUAACGAGA